AUGGCGGAGGUCGCGGCAGCCCCGGGCGAGCCUGAGGCGGCGGCGGGGGGCGAGGGCUCCGAGGCCAAGGCGCUGAGCGCGGGGGAGUACGCGCGGCGCGUGCACCAGUGGCUCUGGGACUCGUACUGCGGCUACUGGAGCUGGCAGAGCAGCCUCCCCGCGCUCCUCGCCGCCGCCCCCUACGGCAGCCCGGGCCCGCCCGCCGCCCCCGGCUGCCCCCCGCCGCCCGCCUACUACGCCCCCUGCUACCUCCUCGCCGCCCCCGCCGCGCCGGGACCCCGCGCGCCGCCCGCCUGGCCCGGAGCCGCGCGCCUGGCCGCGGUGCCCAGGCCCGGCCCCGCCGCCAGCAGCGCCCCGAGGGAGAGCGGCCGGCCGGCAGGUCGGGAAUACAUUAUCCCAUCCUUGGCACACAGGUUUAUAGCAGAGAUGGUGGAUUUCUUUAUUCUUUUCUUUAUAAAGGCAACCAUUGUCUUAAGUAUUAUGCAUCUCAGUGGAAUAAAGGACAUUUCCAAGUUUGCUAUGCAUUAUAUAAUAGAAGAAAUAGAUGAAGACACAUCCAUGGAAGACUUGCAGAAAAUGAUGAUAGUGGCCCUUAUCUACAGGUUGUUAGUCUGCUUCUAUGAGAUUAUCUGUAUUUGGGGAGCUGGUGGGGCAACCCCAGGGAAGUUUCUGCUUGGACUUCGAGUUGUGACGUGUGAUACAUCUGUACUUAUUGCACCAAAUCGUGUGUUAGUGAUUCCAUCCUCUAAUGUUAGCAUAACAACGUCUACAAUACGAGCCUUGAUCAAGAAUUUUUCUAUUGCUUCCUUUUUUCCUGCAUUCAUUACGCUGCUAUUUUUUCAGCAUAACAGAACAGCCUAUGACAUUGUAGCAGGAACUAUUGUGGUAAGAAGAAAUGGAGUCAGAUGAUACUAAAAGAAGCCCAGAUUACCAAACUUUUUUGAACUCCUAAAAAACAAAGUAAAGAAGACCAUCAGUAUUGGUUGCCCAAAUUAACUGGAGACAGAUUCAGAUGUUAAACAAUGAGUCAUUCCAGUACGGUGCCAGUGAUUAUCUUGAAAGUAUUGAUUUUUCUUAAAUGCCAAAGACAUUUCAGAGAAAUAGUACCUAUUCAAUUUGGAAGUAUUAACAUUAGAUUGACAGGAAGGAAACUGGUUAUAUUUAUCCAUAAAGACAGUUUCUCUCCAUCUCCAGAAAGGAGAUGCCUGGAAAUAUUGCCAUCCUAAAAAGUACUAGUUCUACAACUUGAUUAUUUUAUGGCAAAAAUAAGUUGGAGAAUGUAGUUGUGGUCUAUGUUGGUGUUUACAAAACACAUUACAGAAACUAUCCCUUAGAAGGGAUUGCAGUGUUUCUUGGGGGGGAUGGAGGCAAAAAUAUAGCUAAUAAUGUGUUGCCAUUAAACCGAUACAUUGUGCGGUGGUUGGGUAUUCUCAGCCCCUAAAAGGCUUAGUGAACUCCUUCACUUCAAGCAUUGUAUUCCUUCACCACUUUUCAAAUGUGUUCUUUAAACAUGUAUUGUGGCAGGUUUUUUGCAUGAUUGUGUUAAGCAUUAAGUCACUAUUUAUGUCUAUCCUAAUGAAGAGGUAAAUUAGGUUACCACUUCUUUGUGGGAAGAAUAAAUUACUGUGGUAUUUGUGAAAUAGGUUUGUGUAAAUAACUUCAGAGCUAUAAAAUUAACAGUAUAGAUCAUGGUAACAAAAGGUGAAUAUGGUUGCUUCCGUUUGUUGGGGAAGGAAAGUUUUUACUUCCCUCAAAUUGUUGCAUAUAGACUAUGUAAACUGAUAGAUGGAGUUUAUAUGCAGCAUGUAGAAAAUAUCAACCAGAACACAAAUUAUGGCUAACUUUAUAGAUAAGUUCAAAAAUUGGUUUUCACUUUAUAUUUUAAAAUUCUGCCUAAUCACUGCUAUAUGCAGAAUAACUUGGAUACCUACUGAUGAAUAAAGAAGCCUAAUAUUUUAUUUUGCAUGAUUACAUAGCUUUGAUAACUUAUGUUUAUUCUUCAUGUAAUAUUGACUGGGAAAGAACUUCUGAAGAACAGUGCCAACUUUUUGUUAAAACUUGAUUAAAUAUGUCAAGUUUUUUUUUUUUAAAUGAAUUGGAAUUCCACAUUACUGUCUGUACUUGGCUUAGGACUAAAUAUUGACAAGUGGUUGCAGCAGUUACUCUUGACUGUCAUCUACUUUGUGCAAGGGGGUGUUGUGGGAGGGUAUUUUAAAAUGUGCAAUUUAAAUAUAGAACAAGCAUUUCUACUGUUAGUGGCACUCACCUUCCUAAAUUAUUUCACUAUCAACUUUCACAAUAGUUUAGCACUUUAAUGAGUGGUGCAUCAUUAGGGCUAAGUAUUGAAGUGUUCCUGAGGGAGUAUUCUGAUCUAAGGAAGCAUGAAGCUAAACUAAUUUUCACCACAAUGGUGUUUAAUCUGCUUUUUGGUUACUACUUGCAAAAGGUUGAAUGUCUGCUCAUGCACACACACAUGCACGCGCACACACACCUCUCCCCCCCAGCAGGAGUGAGCUCAUUGCUUCUUGUAAACUUGGUUUCCACUUACACAUGAGAGUCCUGUGGCACCUUUAAGACUAACAGAUGUAUUGGAGCAUAAGCUUUCAUGGGUGAAUACCCACUUCGUCGGAUGCAGCAUUCACCCACGAAAGCUUAUGCUCCAAUACAUCUGUUAGUCUUAAAGGUGCCACAGGACUCUGUUGCUUUUUACAGAUCCAGACUCACACGGCUACCCCUCUGACACGUACACAUGGUAAUUUUAAAGUAUUGCCUACUAACUGUAGAGCCACUGUUUAAAAUUUGAACCUCAGCUAAUACUCAUUCCUAGAGCUAAUGAAGUGGAUAAACACGGAGUUCAGCCACAGUACAAAGACAACUGUAUUCUACUUUCCUUUCUGGUUUCACUGUGCGGUAGGGCAACAGGUUUCACCACCACAGUGUGUGUGGUGUGCCCCCCUCCCCGUCCCUUAAUAAGCGGUUCCUGUUCUGCACAUGCUGUAAGCACAACCAUUUGGAUACAAUACUAGCCAUGAAUAGGUUAGACAACAGAAAGCUGGGAGGUGAGCCUACUCCACAAACUCAAAUAGCUGAGUUAGUCAUACUAGUAUAAUUAAAUGGUUUUGGGAGAAUGACAGGUUUGCACACAGUAACAGUGAAUAUGAACUACUGCUAGAUAGAAAUGACGGGCUAACUCUGCUUAGGCCAUUGCUUUUCAGUACAGAUAUGGCGGGGGCAAAGUAUGGCCCACGGGCAGGAUCUGGUGUGUCAGGGCUUUCAGUCUGGCCCGUGGGAUUGCCAGCCCCGUGGCGCAGCGGAGCUAAUGCAGCCUCCUUGCCUGCUGUGGCCCCGGGCGGCUCCCAGAAGCAGCCGACACCAGGUCCUGUGGGGCAGAAGGCUCCGUGCACUGCAGGCACCGCCCCCCGCAGCUCCCAUUGGCUGGGAACAGGGAACCGCAGCCAAUGGGAGCUUCAGGGGAGGUACCCACAGGUCUGAGCCCCCCCCCCGCCCUCUGCACCUCAAAUCCUUGCCCUGAGCCCUUUCCUGCCCCAGCCCUACGUUCAUGGCCUUCAGGCCAAAAAGUUUGCACAUCCCUGAGAUAUGGGGUGGCUAUUUAACUUGAUGGGCAGCCUUCUGCCUGUAUCUAAAAUCAGGACACUGACCUAACCUUUCUCAGCUGGAGACCGAGAUUCCAAACCUAGACCCAUCAAAAGAGCACCUUUCCCCCUGCCCCCCAAAUCAUGAUGGCACUGUACAAACAGUCCAAUAAUUCCUGUCCAAAGAAAUUACAAUCUAAGACGACAAGAUUAAAAAAGUAGUGGGUUUAUCUUACACUAUAGUCAUUGCAAACAAAUGGAGAUAGGCUUGCUAUUUUAGGGGGGGAAAUCAUUAGCAUUAAAAGGAGAUGUAUUUUGCACAUGCUUUUUCCUUCAAAAAUGUAAAGUUGAUAAUUGUACAGUUUUAAUAAAUUUAACAGUAAAUAGUGUAGUUAAGGUAAAAUCAUUCCACCGGCUAGACAGAAUAACUUCCCAUUUAAUCUUUAUUCACGAAGGCUGUAAUGUCUAACACCCCAAACUCUUGGGGGAAUGUCUAAUGGGUGUGGAUCAAGCUUAAUUGUACCAGCAUAAAAUUGUUCUAAUGAUGUAUGGGUCUUCUCCCUGAAAAUAUGCAUUUUUGAACCCUUAAGAUUAGUCAUAACCUUUAAAACUAACACCCAAAUCAAAGAUUUCUGAAAGGCUCAUAGCAUUCUAAACAAGAAUCUAGUUUCCUCUAUAUAAAUGAAUUCAUUCUAUGUAUCACAAAAGGCUGCAUGUUACCUUAUCAGUUGCCUAUAGAUGAUAUGGUGCAACAGACUGCAAAGUAGAGAGACUGUGCUAGAGCAAAACUUCAAAACAGAGAUUAUAGAAUCAAGAAAAAGAAACUUGACAUCUCAUGUUAAGGUUCUGCUCUUAAGUGCUCAAGAUGUCAAUCAUAUGACCAGAUUUAUGGUGAAUUGCUGCAGUUAACUGUGUACUUUCUCUUGUUUAUAUAUUUAAUCUUAUCUCAAAUAGAAGUUCGUUUUUACAAAGUACUUGAAUUCAGAUGUCACUGCCUCUGGCUUCAGUCUGUUUCUCACACUCAAAUGGGUGCUUGCAGUUGCCACUUUGUUUGGAAUUGGUCAGGGUAUUCAGUUGUCUGAGAGGUCAAAGACAAUUUAUACCAUUCAGUUCCUCAAUAAAAAUCUAAGCCCA